AUGUUGGCCAAGAUUUUCCGCCCAGCUCUGCGCACUGCUCGCAACUCACACCACGCUCCUCUGCCCAACCAUGGAGCCACCCUGCCCGACAUGACGAAAUGGAAGCCACAAACUCCCACCAGCUUCAUCCAUGAUGGUUAUGCCAUGUCGGUAAGUAUUUUCCCUUUUUUAUUUGGAAAUUUAGUCCCAAAACCUUCAUUAGAGGCUGGAGAAUUUAAUGAUAACAAUUUUCUCUUCAGAAAGUUCCAUUCAACGUGCGCAACCACCGUUUGUUCACCUUGAAGGCCACCAUCUUCCUCGCGAUUGGUUUCUGGGCCCCAUUCAUUGUCGUCGAGUACCAGCUCCGCAAGGCCAACCAGUAG